AUGGUUCUCGUGCUCGUCAUCGGCGACCUCCACAUCCCCCACCGCGUCCACGACCUCCCCUCCAAGUUCAAGAAGCUCCUCGUCCCCGGCAAGAUCCAGCAGAUCCUCUGCACCGGCAACGUCUGCGACCGCGAGACGUACGAGUACCUGCGCACGGUCUCCCCCGACGUGCACGCCGUGCGAGGGGACUACGACGAGAGCUCCUUCCCGCUCUCCGUCACCGUCGCGCACGCCCCCAUCCGCAUCGGCGUCGUGCACGGGCACCAGUCCGUGCCCACCGGCGACCUCGACUCGCUCAACGCCGUCGCGCGCCAGCUCGACGUCGACGUCCUCGUCUCCGGCCACACGCACACCUUCCAGGCGGUCGAGUACGACGGCCGGUUCUUCGUCAACCCCGGGUCCGCCACCGGCGCGUGGACGGGGAGCUUCAACGGCGACGCCACGCCCUCGUUCGCGUUGAUGGACAUCCAGGGCCCCGUCGUCGUCACUUACGUGUACCAGCUCAUCGAGGGCGAGGUCCGCGUGGAGAAGAUCGAGUACAGGAAGGAGCCGGAGCCCGUCCGGGAGGCCCCUCGGCCGACCGCGAUGCCGCAGAGCAUCCCCUCCAGCCCGGGCCCGGCGCAAAGCGUCUGGUGA